UGAGGGGGAGGGGUGAGGGGGGGACACACAGCGGCGGAACCCAAAUCCAAAAUGAUUAAAGCGAUUCUCGUCUUCAACAAUCACGGAAAGCCGCGGCUCGGCCGCUUCUACCACUACUUCUCUGAAGAUAUGCAGCAGCAGAUCAUUCGGGAGACCUUUCACCUGGUGUCCAGGCGCGAUGAUAAUGUUUGCAACUUUUUGGAAGGCGGCAGUCUGAUCGGCGGCUCGGACUACAAGCUGAUUUACCGGCACUACGCUACCUUGUACUUCGUGUUCUGUGUCGACUCGUCUGAGAGUGAAUUGGGCAUCUUGGACCUCAUACAGGUGUUUGUGGAAACAUUGGACAAGUGUUUUGAGAAUGUCUGCGAGCUCGAUCUUAUAUUCCACAUGGACAAGGUCCAUUACAUCCUGCAGGAGGUGGUGAUGGGAGGGAUGGUUCUGGAGACAAACAUGAAUGAGAUCGCUCUGCAGGUGGAGACACAGACCAAAGUGGAAAAAUCCGAGGCUGGUUUCUCGGCUGCUCCCGCCCGAGCGGUCUCCGCUGUGAAGAACAUCAAUCUGCCGGAAAUGCCGCGGAACAUCAACAUCGGAGACAUCAAUAUCAAAGUGCCCAACCUGUCCCCUUUUGUGUAAAAAAGACAUUUCAGCUGCAUGGGAUGAUACUGAGCUGGAAAGAUCCAUUGCAAAACCACUGUAAAUAUUGAGGAACGACAGGCACGUCACUGAAACAAUAGAUAUGUUGUAUUUUCACUAGGAACCCUGAGUCUGUAACGAGUACGUAGAUGGAGCCAAUCACACAAACAGACAAUCUACACCAAGCCCUCAUUUCUAGUGCCCCUAAACAGCCCCGCACAUAAUCAGUCACUGCACUAACCACUCACUCUGACUCCAAUAAGAAAAUCCUUGCAUUUGAUUCAGCGCUUUAUCACGUCGUUGAGACAUCUCAAUGCGCUUCACAGGAUACACUGUAAAGUGGAUUGACUCUGUAUUUUGUGGGUGAAACGUAUAAAGUAUUUAAAGUAUGAAUAGAGCAUAACAAGCGACAUUCCUUGUGUGGUCCCAAUGGAUGUCCGUGCCCCGUUGUGCAGACCACAGAGAAAGACUAGAACAAAUGAUGCCCAUUGACCAGGAACAGUCCGGAGAAUCUAUUUCCUUCCCUUUUUCUUGUUUUGGACAGACAUAGAACAUAAGAAUUGCUGGAUGAAAGAAGUCCAAGGUCCAUCUAGUUCACCUUCCACCGUCCUAGCAGUCGCAUGCACAUGUCAUCUCCCAAACUAUAUACUGUAUCCCAACAUACUAUUUCUUAACAACAACAACAAAUUACACUUGUACAGUGCCCUUCACCUCGGAAAGAUGUCCCAGGGCGCUGGAAAAAAAUAAAUAUAUCAAAUUUGCUUUUGAAAGGAUCAACACUUUCUGCUUCCACCAUCUCCCAAGGGAGCAUGUACAUCUACAACUCGCUCAGACAAUGAGUAUAAUUCUCUUUUCCUCUGUAAUGAAAAGGGGGGAACUGCCCGCAGACUGUGUUGGCACUGCUAUACGUUGUGGUAUGAAGGAAGGAGGCUCUUGCCAGACUGGAAAUGGACUGCACUUAAGGGUUACGCAGCAGUGUGCCUCAUGUUUGAAACAUUACCAAUUAAAGUGCAUUUCAUUUGAA